GAGCCAGCGAGCUGAGGGUAGCGCGCGCCCGAGAGAGAGAGAGUGUGUGUGCCAUGUCGUCCACUGCUGUCGGCGGCAAGCUAGAGCGGUCCGCCUCCGUCAUCAUUGCAGACGCCAUGAUCGGAUGCCACAUUCUCAAGAUCGACGGCUACUCCCGCACCAAGGGGACCCCUACCGGAGAGUUUAUCAAGUCCCACCCUUUCACUAUGGGCGGUCAUUGCUGGUGCAUCCGUUAUUAUCCCAAUGGCUACGACUCGGAGUCUGCAGAUUACAUAUCAGUUUUUCUUAUUCUUAAUGAAAGUGUCACCAAGGCAGUGAAGGCGCAACACAAGUUCAGUUUCGUCGAUGACGUGGAGGAGCAAACCCUGUCGUUAACAUCAGAAGACAUACACGACUUCAAGAGUCACCAUGGUUGGGGGCAGAAAACGUUCAUCAAAAGGGAAGCUUUGGAGAAAUCGAAGCAUCUCAAGGAUGAUUCUUUCAUGGUCCGCUGCGACGUCACCAUCAUCAACAAGAUCCACACAGAGGAGAUACCGAUGGCUGAGGCCGCCACCGUCCCGACCUUCGUCUCCGUGCCCCCGUCCGACUUGCACCAACACCUCGGCGACCUCCUCCAGACCAACAAGGACGCUGAUGUGGUGUUCGAGGUCGGCGGCGAGACAUUCACGGCGCACCGGUGCGUGCUCGGGGCCCGGUCGCCAGUCUUCAGCAAGCUCUUUGGCGCAAUGAAGGAGAGUUGUGCCGCAGGUGCCGUCCGCAUUGAGUACAUGGAGGCGCCUGUUUUCAAGGCGCUGUUCUGCUUCAUCUACACCGACUCAUUGCCAGAGAUGAACAAAGAGGACGAAGCUGCCAUGUCCCAACAUCUGCUUGUUGCUGCAUGCAGGUACAACUUGGAGAGGCUAAAGCUGAUUUGCGAACACAAACUAUGCAAGUGCAUAGAAGCCAGCACUCUGGCGACUAUCUUGGCGUUAGCUGAGCAGCAUCACUGCCACGGGCUGAAGAAGGCAUGCUUCAACUUUCUCAGCUCUCCAGUAAACCUGACGGCUGUCCUUGCAAGCGACGGCAUCGAGUACCUGAAUAGAAGCUGCCCUUCUGUUAUAAAGGAGUUGAUCGCCAAGAUUGGUGCACUUGGUAUUUGACUCAAAGGUGCGAUGGUGGAUGGACAAUUAGAAGUUGCAGAAGCACUUAAUUAUUUGUUUGGUACUUUGACAGAUUUCAUAUUAUGGAAAACUCAAUGUACUAUGCCCUAUGGAUAUGUAAUUCUUGUAUUCAGAAGUUGGAACUUUAUGUAAUGCGCUAAUACUUAUCUAUGUAGAACCUCUUUCAUGUUUGAACUAUAUUGUUGGCUAUUUUGUUGAGCUUUUAGUUCAUGUAUGAGCUAUUUUGAA